AUGCCAAAGUCAUAUCGGUACGUAUCUGGAUCUCGGACCUCAGGAAACGUGCGACUACUGAAGUUUCGUACGUACCGUGAUCCUGCCACUACUGGGAGUGUAGAGUCUAAGGCCCGGUCAAUUUGGUCAAGCGCUAUACUCGCUCUGGAUAGGUAUAACCUCCAAGACCUUGCAGCCAAGGAGGAUUGUUAUCCUGCAAUAAUUCAAUCUCUGCUCUCUGAUCCACCCUCUACCAUCACUGACCCGGCAAUAUCCCUGCAGCUCAUGCCUGAGGCUAUUUCAGCCGCGCGUGAUUCCCACCUUCUAAACUUUUGCGCAGUGGAAAUAACCAUCCGGUUACUCACCUCGGAGGCUCUCCGUGAGAUUCACCCUUGGCUUAUGACACGCCGAAUGAUACAGUAUGCAGGGAAGGCACACUUGAAGAUUAGUCACUUCAAGGUCUCCACUUCUCAAGGAUGUAAAGCUGAGGGUAUCAUAUUCAACUCGCUAGAUGUUGAAACUACAGUUCUACCACUAUUGCCUAAAGCAUCAGUCAAGAUGGAGAUACUUGAGCCCUACAUUGAGCAAACCAUUUCCAGCUUGACUCCUUCAGGGGGUCCCUCAGCUACCAGGGAGCAGCUCGAUGGAAUCACAAAUGGCAUAAAAGACAGCCGACCUGGUGGCACCUUGACCCUGCUGUAUCCACUCAUGGGACAAAAUCUCACAUCUGACUCCAACGGGCCGUUGGUAAUCACUUGGGAGAACCUGUCGGCUGAGCCUAAUACUGUGAUUCUCAAUCUGAAGACCAAUAUUGUUGGGUUCCUGGAUGAUCAUGGGACCUCGUUCCUCGGUGCUGAUCCUCAAGGGCAAACCAAGCAAGAUUCUGAUGAUGGAGUCCUUCAAAGACUUAGACGGAGCUUGACAAACGCCCGUAACUCGCUUAAAGAGGGAGGCUACGAGAUCUAUUUUCAUCAAGCUCCCUCCCCGUUGCUUCGGAAUGUUGAGCCUCCUUCUUGUGUUCAUCUUACACAGGCUAUUGCAACACAUGAUGAGGUGAUCCCGGAAUCCACGGUGAUUCCGGGCUGGUUUCAUGGAUGGUGGAGGAUUUAUGAAUGGGAGACAGUUGUGUCCCCUCUUAGGGCUCUCCGCACAGGUGCUUCAGCCUUUUUGCAUAGACUGUUACUUGAGCAUGAUGGGAGUAAGAAGACCAAGAAUCUCAGCGUUUCGGAUAGGAUACACUUGCACAGAUUGAGAUUGCACAUAUGCGACGGAUUAUCAUGGCCAUGGCUCGCAUGGCUUUCGACUGCCACAAGCGCCACACGCCACAUUCACUUCUACAGAUUCUUCGUAUACUCGAAUUAUGGAGAAAAAUGUGCCUGGGCAUCUGCCCUGAGCUAA